AAGCCGGUCAGGGGGACGUUGGAUAAGUCAGACACCGGUUGUGUCACCGUUCCCCGACCAUGAACCUGAGUGUGUGCCGGUCCGUGUUGGUGACCGGCUGUAGCCGGGGCAUCGGGCUGAAGCUGGCCGCGGAACUGGCCGCAGGCCGGACCGGACCGGCCACCGUCAUCGCCACGGCCCGCCAACCGGAGGCCUGCCCGAGUCUGCUGGAGCUCUCAAAGAAGUACGCAGCUGUUCAUGUGGUCAAACUGGAUGUUUGCAGUCAGCAGAGCAUCGACUCGGCCUUGGAGGAGGUCCGCUCCAUCGUUGGGGAUGAAGGACUGGGCUGCCUCAUUAACAACGCCGCCAUCGGAUACUCCACAAACAUAAACACCGUAACCCCGGAGGACAUGAUGACGGCCUUCCAGGCCAACGCUGUGGCUCCACUUUUUGUGACUAAGGCGUUCCUGCCUCUGCUGCAGACCGCUGCUGCUAAUUCCACCGGGAUGGGGAUCCACAGAGCCGCUGUCAUCAACGUUUCCUCCGUCCUCGGCUCCAUCGAGUUAAACACCGGAGACUUCAAGAGUUACGCCUAUCGCACCUCCAAGGCGGCGCUGAACAUGGUGACCAGGUGUUUGGCGGCAGAUCUGAGCUCAGACGGGAUCCUCUGUGUGUCACUUCACCCGGGCUGGGUCAAGACCGACAUGGGGGGCCCUCGUGCGAGCCUGACGGUGGAGGAGAGUGUUUCCGGGAUGCUGUCGGUCAUUUCUGGUCUCUCAGAGCGAGACCACGGAGGAUUCAAGGACUACCGUGGACAAAACCUGCCCUGGUGAAGACCGUGCUGGGGACUGGAUAUUAUCGCUCCUAUAAACUAUACAGAAAGCUCAAAGGUGCUGGUGGGAAAACAACAAGAUGCUGGAACUGUUGGAGCACAAGACAACAAAAAAAUAUUUAAAUGAUUUUGAAGAGAAGUCAUUUUGUUACUCGUCUUUCAGGAUAAAAUGUUCUGUCUGGAUGAUUUUCACAAGCUCUACCAUCCUCAUGUUAAUGUUCAAAACAACUUUGAUUAACUUCAAACUGUUCUGGAGAAUCAUGAGAUGUGUCUAUUUUUUGUUUUUUUGCUUUAAUCAUGUGGGGCUGAUACAGAUUAAAUGAAUGUAUAUCUUUAAACAGGCUUUCCUUUUGUUUCUUUUUGCCCAUCUUUCUUGCUUGGACCUGUGCAUUUGGAGUCCAAAAAGAGCUAAAGACAACUUGGACAUGUUGAAAGGC